GUUUUGUUAUGGCGGCAGGUUUUGAAACUCCUGCCGUUUGCCGUUGUUUAUCUCCAGGCUUUAGCGCGAUAAAUAUCACGACUAAUUAAAACCGUCGUCUUUAUUGCAGCGAGCCGGUUGACAGUGAACCUGGUCAUGACAUCUCCACCUGGAUCGGAGUUCUCUCAGGCAGACUUAGUCGCCCGGUGGAUGCCGAGCAGCUCCAGAGCCGGGGUGAUCCUGGACCCCUGCCUGGACUUGGGCGACUCUCUGCGACACCUCCGACCGAGCCGGGGCUCUCCGCCGCGGGGACCCGACGACUCCUUCAGCGCUCACUUCGCUCCUUUGCCGGCCUCUACGAACAGCAGUUGCCUCAGCGUCAACGUUAUGUCCGACAGGCAGUCAGCAGGGAAACUGGAUAUUUUUGUAGAUCCUGCAAGCAAAUCACACGAGCUUUCCCUGAUGAUGAAGCUUGAACAGUUAAAGCAGUGGCAGCAGCAAAUGCAGGACCAGCUGAAAACCCAUCAGCUGGAGGAGCUUCUUCGCCUACAGGAGGAACAGAAAAGGCUGCUGGGAGUAACGAAUGGCUCACAGCACUGUGACGCAGAUUACACAGAGAUGUCCAGGCUCUCAGGAGCAGACUGGGAAGAGACCACACUUCAGGGAGCCUCUCCUCAUAGUGAAGUGCCAUACAGCCCCACCAUUAAUCACCACAGAGCCCCUCGUCCCCCUCCCUGUGCGCCUCAAACGGUCACGAAGUCGCCACAGGAAGGAAGGAAAGGUCCACUACGAAGAGAACAAGACCAUGAGGAGAGGGACAGCCAGGCAGGUGGAACAGAUAUAUUAAGUUCCACAGAAAAGGACCAAGAAAAGAGUUUGGAUAUAAACCUUUCUGAGAGGCAUAAAGCUACACUAAUGGCCCAUAAUGGCAAGUCCAUCACUGAAGACCACCAUGGUGAUGAAGAGAACAGCUUAAAGGACAGGCCCAUAAAGCCAGGUAUCAGUGGUCAGAAGCAGACGUUUGAGGAGCUGUUGGAGGAGCAGUUGAGGCUGGAGGAACAGAGGCUUCGAUUGGCCCAGGAGCAACAGAACACCCAAAGUGCUGAUGUGGUAAGUGCCCCUCCCAAGCGGGUCUUUCUAAAGCGAGGUGAGGGCCUGUCCAGGUUCACCUACAACUGCAAAGCUUCCAUACUGAAGAGGGAGGUGAAGAAAGAUCCCAGAUUGAAACCCCCGUCCAGAACAAUCUCCCAGAGCAAUUCGGAGCCUGCAGGUUUCCAGAAAAUUACCACUAGCAGUUGCCAGCGAAUCCCCAUCCAGCGUAAAACAGCCGUAGUCAACAAGGAGAAUCAGCCAAAAGGUCCCUGCUCUCCUCAGGAUUUCAGGGCAGAGAGCAAGUUAGUGCAUGCCAAAGUCCUGGGUAGCCACCAGAGACAAAACAUGGAAGGAGCAGAUUCAACUCAUACGUUUUCAGAGGGGAGGCGAUACCAAAAACAUCAACUGAUGUGUCGGCUUGGACAUGCAGAGGACCAAAACGGCAGCAGGGUGGGCGAACCGGGUCAGUCUGGUCAUACAGUGAGGAAGCCCAGGACUCGUGAUGUGCACCCAGUUUCUGUGACUAGAGAGGUGGGCGUGUUAGGAGGGCGAGGCAAGGCUGACAGUGACCGUGUCAGAGACAGUGGAUCUGGCAGCUUCAAGGUAAAACCUGGAAGAACGGGGUCAGACAAGGUGGUAGGAGGAGGAGGAGAGGAGAAAGAAAGAGAAGGACUGGUUCCGGAGGAUUCCUUUGAAUUGUCAUUCCAGGAGAAACUUCGAUAUUGGGACUGUGACGGGCAGAAGGAAAGUGUAGAGCUGGGAGAAUUUGAACUACUGGAGCAAGCUGCUGAGGAGCUCUCCUUCUCCUCCAACUCCUCCUUUGUCACAAAGAUUCUUCAGAUGGACCAGCAGCAACGACAGCUGCAGGCUGCUAAGGGGCUCCACCACCGACGGCUCUCCUCCACCCCAAUCAAAUCUCCCCCUAAAGCACAGAUCUGUAGUGGAAGUGUUAGCAGCAGCAAUGUAAAUAUCAUAUCUAAAAGCCACUCCUCUGAGUCACAAGCAUCUAGGCCGAAGGUGAAAAAUGACUUACAAAAAAGUAAAACUAGUGAUGAAGAUGAGGAUGAUGAAGAGGAGAAUGGCGAGAAAGUGGACGAAAAUGGGGGUGAAAGCAAGCUGGUGAUCUCUGAUGUCUCUUGCAGCAGUUCUGAAUUUGGAGGUGAGGAAGUGGUGGUCAAACAACCCACAUUUCCCAGCAACCUUUACUUCCCUGCACCGUCAAACCUGCCCUAUGACAAGCGGUCAUACCAGGACCAGGACAGUUGCAGGGAGACUGUUUCGGACAUGACGGAUGGGAACAAUGGAGAGAGUGACCACAUCUCCACUGACCCUGAUGACAACACAUUAACAGAGGACAAUGACAGGCAACGUGGUGCACUGGUGUUUGAUGAUGAUGAUACCUGGAACGACUUUGAGGAUGCUCAUGUCGGCCUCGCUAAUGACAGCAGAGCAAUCAGGGUAGUUUCCAAGGCACAACCUAACACCAAUUCUCCGCCAGGGAGGCUUCUGACACGGAAGGUGGCAGUGACCAAAGGGGCAGAAUCUGAUAAGGUCAUGACUGUCAGUCUAGCCAAUCAAGAGGCAUAUUCUUCUCCUACCUCCCAGCUCAUGACGAAGUUGUUUCCCUCGCUGAAGCCCAACGUCCAAACUGCAUCUCCUCAGGCUCUUGUACCUUCUGAGCCCCGAAGAGCUGAAGAGGCUCCAGGCCAGCAGGUCCAAUCCAGACAACUGCGGGAGAGACUGGUGGAGCUGGAGAUAGAGAUUGAGCGCUUCAAGAAGGAAAAUGCUGUCCUGACCAGAAUAAGACAGGAGAAUGAGAGAAACCAAGAAAACCUCAGGAAAGAGCAUUUGGAGUUUGAACAGAGGAAGGCAGAGGAGCUGACCAGGUUUGAAGAGCACAAGAAAGAGGAGACCAAAAAGCUCCAGAAGGCACGUAAGGUGUUUGAGAGACACUCCUCCGCUGCCCGGGCCAUCCCGGACAAGAAGGAACGAGAGGAGAUCCAGUUCCUGAAGCAGCAGCUGAGCUCCAUGCAGGAGGAGCUGAGGAGGAAGGAGAGUCGUUGGUCCAUCACACACAACCGCCUAAGACAACAGAUAGACUCCCUGAGUGCCGAGAACAGCGCCCUCCGGGAAGAGGUCCACACCCUGGAGAAGCUCCGCCUCAGUGCCUGGAAGAAGGGCCUCACAAAUGGAGAAAUGGAAAGCGAGAAGAGGGAGGGGCCUAAAAUCUUUGACAGUGGCAGAGUGUCCAGCGCCAAAGGGGUUAAAUUUGCUAGCCCACCGGAUACAAGAGAAAACAGUCCUCCUCAAAGCAGCUGUGCUACAGCCACUAGAGGGGGCCCUAGGAAAAACAGUAUUGGCACUACAGGGAUGAAGAGCAGCUUGAGGAAACCUGCGGGGCCAGGCUCCUCUACCCCCACAGUCUCUGUGAGGAGUACUGAUGAGGGGCCCACACACCAGACCAGAAGCCAGGACCACAUUCAGAACUCAUCACCUGUAAGAGUCUGCCUACAAAGUGAACCAGAAUCAAAUGAGUCCAAAGAGCCAGAGUCAGACCAGGAUAUCAUCUCACACCCUGAUGGAAAGAUGGAGAAGGCCCUGCCUGGUGGAGGAUGCCUCAUCAUUUACCCGAACGGAACCAGGAGGGAAAUGUCGGCGGACAGACUGACGACCAAGGUCAGCUUCUUUAAUGGUGACACCAAACAGGUCAUGGCUGACCAGAGAGUGAUCUACUAUUACAUUGAUACCCAGACCACACACACCACCUACCCUGAUGGCAUGGAGGUCCUGCAGUUCCCCAAUAACCAGACUGAGAAGCAUUUUCCGGAUGGUCGUAAGGAGAUCAUCUUCCCUGACCAAACUGUGAAGAAUCUGUAUCCAGAUGGCAAAGAGGAGAGUAUGCAUACAGAUGGGACCAUCAUACUGGUUAACCCGGACGGCAGCAAGGAGAUCCAGUUCAACACAGGUCAAAAAGAGAUCCACACAGCUGACUACAAGAGGAGAGAGUACCCAGACGGCACGGUGAAGACCGUCUAUACGGAUGGCAGACAGGAGACCCGCUAUCCUACCGGACGGGUCAGGGUCAAAGAUAAAGAUGGCAACAUUGUCAUGGAUACCAAGGUGUAG